AUGUGUAAAGCCGGUUUCGCCGGUGAUGACGCUCCUCGUGCCGUGUUCCCUUCGAUCGUCGGUAGACCAAGACAUCAAGGUAUCAUGGUCGGUAUGGGUCAAAGAGACUCCUAUGUUGGUGACGAAGCCCAGUCCAAGAGAGGUAUCUUGACCUUGAGAUACCCUAUUGAACACGGUAUCGUCAAGAACUGGGAUGAUAUGGAAAAAAUCUGGCACCACACUUUCUACAACGAGUUGAGAGUUGCCCCAGAAGAGCACCCUGUCUUGUUGACCGAGGCUCCAAUGAACCCCAAGUUGAACAGAGAAAAGAUGACUCAAAUUAUGUUUGAGACUUUCAACGUUCCUGCCUUCUACGUUAACAUCCAGGCUGUGUUGUCUUUGUACUCCUCUGGUAGAACCACCGGUAUUGUUUUGGAUUCCGGUGAUGGUGUUACUCACGUGGUUCCAAUCUACGCCGGUUUCUCCUUGCCUCACGGUAUCUUAAGACUUGACUUGGCUGGUCGUGACUUGACUGACUACUUGAUGAAGAUCUUGUCCGAGCGUGGUUACACUUUCACCACCACUGCUGAGAGAGAAAUCGUUCGUGAUAUCAAGGAGAAGUUGUGUUACGUCGCCUUGGAUUUCGAACAAGAAAUGCAAACUUCGUCUCAAUCUUCCGCCAUCGAGAAGUCUUACGAGUUGCCCGAUGGUCAAGUCAUCACCAUCGGUAACGAGAGAUUCAGAGCUGUUGAAGCUUUGUUCCGUCCUUCCGACUUGGGAUUGGAAGCCGCUGGUAUUGACCAAACCACCUACAACUCGAUCAUCAAGUGUGACCUUGAUGUUCGUAAGGAGUUGUACGGUAACAUUGUCAUGUCUGGUGGUACUACUAUGUUCCCAGGUAUUGCUGAACGUAUGCAAAAGGAGAUUACUGCCUUGGCUCCAUCUUCGAUGAAGGUUAAGAUCAUCGCUCCUCCUGAGAGAAAGUACUCUGUCUGGAUUGGUGGUUCUAUUUUGGCUUCCUUGUCCACUUUCCAACAAAUGUGGAUCUCGAAGCAAGAAUACGACGAGUCCGGACCUUCUAUUGUUCACCACAAGUGUUUCUAA